AGAGAGAGAGGGAGAGAGAGAUGGGGAGUGGCAAGCAUAGGUCGAAGAUCUUCUUCCACCGUUCUUCACCCAUCACCGCCUUCAGGAAACAAAAAUUCCCAAGAGAAUUUGUAUGUCCUAUUUCUGGCUCUCUAAUGGCCGACCCUGUCAUUGUUUCUUCAGGCCACACUUUCGAGCGCAAUUGUGUUCUUGCCUGCAAGUAUCUCUCCUUCAUACCCACACUCCCAGCUGGGUGUACCGCUGAUUUCUCGACCAUCAUCCCCAACCUCGCCCUCAAAUCUACCAUUGUAAACUGGUCAUGUUCUUCCCUCCAUGACCCUCCUAAACCGAUCGAUUUUCACUCUGCGUGCAAACUCGUCCAAACGUUAAUGGACUCUCAAAACCCCAAAUCACAACGAACCCAUUUCAAGACUCGUGACGAAAAACAUACCCAAUUGGUCAAAGAGGCCGCAGAGAAGAAUGGCAUUGCAGUGACGAAGUUAACUGAUUCCGACACUGAAUUGACUGGGAGAACUAGUAGACUCAGUUCCAGUUCAGAUGAAUCGGUGGCCUUAGCUAAUGGACCCACCACUCCUCUGCCUCUCAAGACUCGACCCUCCUGUUACUCUUCCGAAUCAUCGUCCGAUAUCGAAACGCUGAACUCAAACUCACUCGAAGAGGAAGAAUUUAUAGAAAAAUUAAGGAGCUCUCAGGUCUUUGAACAAGAAGAAGCUGUCAUUUCCCUUCGAAAACUCACCCGAACUCAAGAAACUGCCCGUCUCCAUCUCUGCACUCCUCGCUUGCUCUCAGCCCUCCGAAAUCUAAUCACCUCGAGAUAUUCAUCAAUUCAGGUAAAUUCCACCGCAGCAUUGGUGAACCUGUCACUAGAAAAUCCCAACAAGAUCAAGAUCGUACGGUCGGGAAUAGUCCCACCCUUGAUAGAUGUUCUAAGAGUUGGAUUCCCCGAAUCGCAGGACCAUGCAGCCGGUGCCCUCUUCAGUUUGGCCUUAGAUGAUCAGAACAAGACUGCAAUUGGGGUUUUAGGGGCGUUGCCAUCGCUUUUGCACGCGAUACGAUCCGACUCGGAGCGGACUCGACACGACUCAACUUUAGCUUUGUAUCACCUCUCACUGAUCCAGAGUAAUCGAGUUAAGUUGGUGAAAAUCGGCUCUGUUCCGAUGCUUUUGGGGAUGGUGAGGUCCGGUCAUAUGACUGGUCGAGUCAUGCUGAUCCUGUGUAACUUGAGUGCUAGUGUGGAGGGGCGUGCGACUGUGCUCGACUGCGGUGGUGUGGAGUGUUUUGUGGGAAUGCUGAGUCGAGGGGAAUUUGACUCGGAGUCGACUCGGGAGAGUUGUGUCACAGCAUUGUAUGGGUUGAGUCAGGGUGGGUUGCGGUUUAAGGGGUUGGCAAGAGAAGCUGGGGCAGAGGAGGUGCUGAAGAAGGUGGAGGAAAUUGGAAGUGAGAGGGUUAAGGAGAAGGUAAGGAGGAUAAUGGGGGUGAUGAGAGAGAAGGACGAGGAGGAAGAGGUGGAUUGGGAGGAGUUGCUUAACUCAGGGGAGGUGAGUCAGACUCGUUAUAGACUCGGAGGUGGGAGGGAUGGGUCGGGUGUCAACCCGUCUGAGUUUUGAGUAUUUGGACAUAGUUUGAUUCUUUUUUUGGGUAUAUUUUGUAAGAAAUUAACUCGUGUUAAGUUUUACAUGGCUGUUUUUUGGGCUGAUUUGGAUUCUGGUCUGGUUCUCACUUACGUGGAUUGCUUAUGUUUCAAGUGACAAUGGUGUUUUGAAGGAUAGUGAAAUUGUAAAUAAUAUGUUGGAGUGUCAAUGCCAUGAUGACAAGGGGAUGUAAUUUAGGUUAUUUCCUCCUCCUUCUGGUGUACCACUUCUCCUUCUGGCGAAAGGAGAUGUAAUUCACAAACUCUGCG